AACUAAAUAAGUCAUACUCCGUUGAACAUAUUUGAAAGAGAGAGAGAGGAGUAGAAAUUGGUGAAUUGAGAAAAUGUAAAUAAAGAAAAUAAUAGGAGCCCUGAUUUUGUUUUUCCAUAUCCAUUACUAUCAGUUGCGCUGCUACUUCUUAUUUGUCUCUUUUCUUCUUCAUUUUCACUUAUAAUAUAGAUAUAGAUUCGCUCUUCUUCCUUAACUAAUCCUAGUCUGCAGCAUUAACCGCCGUUGGAUUCGAUUCCGGCAUGGCGGGAGUUUCCGGUUUCAAAUGCCCCUGCUUCCGGCCGCUGUCUUCCUCACUCUCCUACAGUUCCAGCCGUUUUCCUGCGCCGCAGCUCAGGAUUCCGCGCCGUCUCUCCACAUUCCCCAGAAUUUACGCAUUGACGAGCAACGAUAUUAAAGUCGGCCUCAACAUUGAAGUGGAUGGGAAUCCGUGGAAGGUUAUUGAGUUCCUCCAUGUUAAACCUGGAAAGGGGGCAGCAUUUGUAAGGACCACAUUGCGAAAUUAUGUGACUGGAAAUCAAGUUGAAAAAACUUUCAGAGCUGGAAGUAAGAUAGAAGAGGCUGACAUAUCCAAAGAGACCAAGCAAUACACUUACAAAGAUGGUGCUCAGUAUGUUUUCAUGGAUUUGAAUACAUAUGAAGAAGCCCGUCUGAAUGCGGUAGAUGUUGGAGAUAAAGACAAGUGGUUGAAAGAAGGCAUGGACUGCAAUUUGUUAUUCUGGAACGGGAAGGUCAUUGAUUUUGAACUCCCCAUAACUGUGAAGUUGAAAGUUACUGAAGUUGAUCCCGGUUUAAAGGGCGACACAGCUCAAGGAGGAUCAAAGCCUGCCACUGUUGAAACUGGUGCUGUGGUAUCGGUUCCAUUGUUCGUAAACACCGGUGAUACGAUUCUCAUAGACACCAGAACUGGGCAGUACAUGAGUCGUGCAUAGCCUGCUUUCAUCAUUUUUGGGAGGCUUCCAUGGUUUUGAAAACCGGCUGACGUCGAAUUUGAAGAGUACUCAGUAGCAACAAGAUUUUGGCUAUUCUUAUCUAUAAGAGAAACACCCCAGGCAGAAUUAUAUAAGUAUCAUUUGUAAUGGAAACCAGAAGUAGGUCACAAUUUGUAGAAUCAAAUAAUUUCAUUAUUGUAUACAUUAGAAGAUGUUUAUUCCA